AUGGCGGAUACAAUAAACGCACAAGUGCUCUUCUUCGCCCGAUCGCGUGAGCUAGCCGGAGUGUCCUCGGUUAAGCUGCAAGUGCCUGUUGAAACCACACCCAAAGAACUUUUAUCUCUCAUUUCCGCUGCAUACCCUGCUUUGCUACCACUGGUGGACAGUGCUGCGAUUGCUGUGAACGAGGAAUUCAAAAGCAGCGCUACAGCUCUGACGCUCAGCUCCGGCGACGUUGUUGCGGUAAUCCCCCCAAUCAGUGGAGGUUGA